CAGGAGCACGUGUUGUGACGUAUUAUGCAACCUUAUACACAAAUUAUUUUGAAAAAAGCUACACGGAUUUAUAUGGAAAACAUAAAUUAAAAUUAUCUCAACACUACUCAAAGUUUAAUAAAAAAUUAAAAGCACUAUUCGUUGAACGAGCUGCAACUGGGAUGCUGAGAGACCGGUGAUGUGGGUGUCGGUGGAGAGUGGCGGCGCAGUGCGCGCGGCGCCGUGUGCACGCGGGAAGCACUCCGCGACGCUGCUGGGCGGGUACGUGUACGUGCUGGGCGGGCGCGGCGCGGGCGGCUCCGUGCCACUCAGGGACUUUUGGAGGUAUUGUCUUGCAAGCAGCCGGUGGGAGCGGUUGGAGGCGCACGGGGAGCCACCGCCCUCACUGCAGGAACACACCGCCACCACGCACGGCAACAAGCUCUACGUGUUUGGUGGCGAGGCCGGUGCGCUCUCCAACGAAACGCCACUCUGGAUAUAUGACACUGAGAUAGAAACGUGGCGUAAGCUGCCCGGACAGUCCGGCUACUCGACGCUGCGUCGGCGCGGAGCGAAAGAGACGCGCGCAGCCACGUGCGGCCCGCGCGGGCGACGCGGACACUCCGCCCACACGCUUAAAGAUUGCCUCCUUAUAUACGGAGGAUACAAAGAUUUAAGAGGAUCUACCAAUGAGCUUUGGGCAUUCCACUACGAGUCGGAGUCGUGGCACCAAGUGCGCACGAGCAGCGCGGGCCCGGCGCGGCACCGGCACGCCGCGGCGCUGCACGACAACCGGCUGUACGUGCACGGCGGGCAGUGCGACCUGCGCGACUGCGCCGACCUCUGGCACUACGACACCAUGUCCCGCGUGUGGACGGCGGUGCGGGUGAGCGGCAAGCAGGCGCCCAGCGCACGCAGCGGACACGCGGGCUUGCGUGCCGGGGCACAUCUCUACAUCUUCGGGGGAGAAGCACACGGGCACCCCACCAACGAGCUCUGGAGGUUUCACUUCGCGACGGAGACCUGGGAGCGUAUAAUGCAGAGUGUGAAGUGGCCGUCGGCGCGCGUGGACGGGCGCGCGCUGCUGGUGGGCGGCGCGGCCGGCCGCGUGCGCAGCGCGCCUCUCGCCCCGCGCGCCGCCGCCCCGCGCGCCGCCGCCCCGCGCGCCGCCGCCCCGCACGCGGCGCCCGCGCCCGCCGGCUUCCUGCGCGAGAUAUCCAAGCUGUCGAGCUUCCACAUCCGGCGCGCCGCGCGCUGUUCCUACACCGUGCUGGCCGGUGGGCGCGACUCCACGGAGAGCCUGGUGCGUACGGAGCGCUCGUCGCUGAGCAAGUCCCGCUCGGCAUACGUCAUCGACGAGCGGCAGCCGGCCGACGGCGGUGAGAGCCCGCGCGAGGAGCCCCUUCGCUGCGAGGUGUCCCGCGACCCAAUUUCGGUGCCGGACUUCGCAGACAUGGUGCUGCCGACGCCGGUGCUGUCGCCGGUCGAGGCGGCCCGUCUCGUGUACUUCGACUCCGAGGAGGAGGAGGACAUGAGGCGGGAGCUGGCGGAGCUCGAGCGCAGUCGGCCGAGGGCCGGCGUCACGAUAUCGAAGUCGGCGUCGGUCCGGUUCCAGAGGGGUCCGGUCGUCAACACCGAGCUGGCGACGGAGGACGAGGCCGAGCUGUCGACAUCGGACUACGCGAGCGCGGAGAGAGUGAACGGCGUCUCCGGGGCGUCCUCCGGCUUCAGCAACCCUCAUUAUCUAGGGCCGGACAUCGGAAAGCUCGGUUCGGCUCUGACGCCAGACUCCGGUGUAGGACCCGGAGACAUAGAGCUCCAGGACCUUGGCGAGAGACGCGCGAGAAGCGUGCCGAGAAAUGGGGAGAGACAGCUGCAUUUGUUGCUAGUGGGAGGUAAGGAGCCGCCACACCUCGCACUGCUGCAGAGCCCGCUCUCCAUGUGGAGCUACAGACUACUGUAACCUAAUCUCGCGUAUACUUAACACGUCGACGUCCACCUUAUGAACUAGAGCGGAGAAUAUUAAUGACGGCGACAUUGCAAGACUUACGUACAUUAUGAAUAUUUGACACAGUUAUUGUAUUUUUUUUUAGAAGAUUACAAUGAUAAACAAAAUCGCAGAAAUAAUGUGAGUAAGGAAUAUCCCAAUGUUCGAAUUCGACAGAUCUUCUGCGAUCAUAGUACUUAGUGCCUAUGCUGAUAGAAUAAACGCUGUACGUUACAUUGAUAUUUUGUCUUCUAGUAACGAGGUUUAUUAAUACAAAUGCAUAAAGAAAAAGGCUUCAUGUUUAGAAGCAAUUUUUCUAAAUCUUAAUUAUCUACUAAAUUAUUUAUUUAUUUAAGCGUCUCGUUAGCGUCCAUUAGCACUUAAAUUUUAGGUACAAUAAGGUGCCAAUAAUUGACAAGUAUUGUAGUUAAGAUUACCUUUGAUGUUUGUACUCAAAGUUUUUACUCAAAAUCUUACACAAAGUAUUUAUUUGUUAUUUUUAUUUUGUAUUAGUUAUAUUAUACACUUAUAACUUAUGUUGUAUAAAUGGAAAUGUUGAAACGAUGAAACUAAUUAUUACAAAGAUAAAUAUUUGAUAGGCGAACGAAUCAAAUCGUCGAUAUCUUGUAUGUUACACAUAGACGACAAGCUAAUGUCAAAUAGAUCACACAUACAAAUAAUAUAUGUAUAGAUAAAUAAAUAAUGCAGUACUCAUUUAUGCCAACAUUGUCAUGCAAAUAAUAAACUUAUUUAUAGCAGGCGUACAUAAAAUGAUUAAGUUAAUUUGUAUUUUAAAUACCCUUAUGGGGUACUCUUUGAUUAAAUUAAAAAUACUAUAUAACAUAUUUCGCAAAAUGUGUCCCAUAACGGGCCACCACUUAAUAAAAUUGAUAAAUAUGAAUUGAUUGAAUUUAAAACAAACUGACAUUCAUAAACUUUGUCACUUUUAACUUUAAAGAUAAUAGAAGUUCGUUGUCUAUCUUCUGUGUAUAAUUUUAAUCGUACAAUAGACUAAAUAUUCUAGUAUAAUACAUAGUCUAUAGUACGAUUAGAAAAAUGUAUUGUAUCAUAUUGUACCAUAGAACAUAUAAACCAUAUUUCACAUGCGUCACACUGUACGUUCAUUCCGUUCGUCAGUGGGUGAACUUGAAGAUAAAUAUCUACUUAUAAGUUUAAUUUUACGUUAACAAUGUUUUAAUUCAAUUGCUAUUAUUUAUUGAAUAUCUGUUAAGUUUUAUCUGUUGAUUUGUUAUUAUUUUUUAAUUAAAAUCCGCACAACUUCAAUACGAGAUGUAAAUUUUUUUAAUAAGGUUUUUUUGACUAAAGUUACAUGUUUGAAAUGUUAA